CAAGAUGGGGAAUCUGCCUUCUUUAUCAACGAACUAGAAAGUCAUGCCUCUCGGGAAGGUUCCCACCAUGAGCUGAAUGUUCCAUGUUUACUUCUAGAAAAUGAUCACCUCCUUUGAACUAGUUAAUGGAGAUACAUCAAGGAUAUCCUUAAAGAAAUUACAACUGACCAAUGGGAGAUAAGAAUCAGACAACAGUGACUGAAUUUCUCUUCUUGGGCCUCACAGGGCAUCCCCUUCAGCAGAUUGUCCUCUUUGUCACACUUCUCUUCGUCUAUCUUGUCACCCUCGGAGGUAACCUGGGGAUGAUCACCCUCAUAUGGAUGGAUCCCCGACUCCAUACUCCUAUGUACUUUUUUCUUAGCCACUUGUCCUUUGUAGAUAUUUCUUCCUCUUCUUCUAUUGCCCCCAAGAUGCUAUGCGAUAUUUUUGCAGAGAAAAAAGGCAUCUCUUUCAUGGGUUGUGCUGCACAGAUGUGGGUCUUUGGCCUCUUUGUGGCAACUGAAUGCUUCCUCCUGGCUUCCAUGGCCUAUGAUCGGUAUACGGCCAUCUGUAAGCCCCUAUUGUACACACUCAUCAUGUCCCAGAGGGUCUGCAUGCAGCUGGUGGCGGGGCCUUAUGCCAUGGCUCUUCUGAGCACCAUGACGCAUACAGUUCUCACUUUUUGCUUACCCUUCUGUGGUCCAAAUAUCAUCAACCACUUCUUCUGUGAUAUUUCACCACUGCUUUCCCUAGCGUGUGCAGACACCUGGGUCAAUAAGUUGGUGCUUUUCAUCUUGGCUGGAGCCAUAGGAGUGUUCAGCAGCCUGAUCAUCAUGGUCUCCUAUGUUUGCAUCCUGGUGGCCAUCUUGAAGAUCCAGACGGCUGACGGGAGGCAGAAGGCUUUCUCCACUUGUUCUUCUCACCUGGCAGCCGUCUCUCUCCUAGCUGGGUCUCUUUUCUUUAUCUACAUUCGGCCUGGCUCAACUUCCUCCCUGGAUAUCAAUAAAGUGAUUUCCUUAUUUUAUACUGUGGUGAUCCCCAUGUUGAACCCCCUCAUCUACAGCCUAAGGAACAAGGAGGUACAAAAUGCAUUCAGGAGAAAUUUUGAAAGGAAAAAAGUUGAAAGUUGA